AUGCUGAAGCUGAAAGUACACUCCGAUCUAAUUUUUGCAGUUCGUGAAGGAAGACUAGAAAUAUCAAGGCAUAUAAUCGAUUCUGUUGGGCUGUCGUACUCACCGUCAUGGGCAAACGGAUAUGUUCUGCUUGUGGAGGCUCUCAUGCGAAAUCAUGCGGCAAUUAUUGCUAAACUACUUUUAUCGGAAGGUGCUAAAGUAAAUAGCGGAAAUAGUGAAAUAUGCCCUGCUGAUACUCUUCUUCAUCUUGCUGUUAUUAUUGGCGACAUUGAAAUUGUUGAAAUGAUUCUUAACGAAGGUGCUAAGAUUAAUGCUAAAAAUCAAUGUGGUGAAACUCCACUAUACUUUGCGAUUGCAUAUAGGAAAAUGGAAAUAACUGAAUUACUUUUAACACGUGGAGCUGAUGCUGCUAUAAAAAAAAAAGGAUAUUUGAAAGUCGUUGAAGACAUAUUACAGUAUGAUAUUGAGAUUAAUAUGUUACACAAUUCAACUAAAGAAGGUUCAACACCUUUACAUAAUGCAGCAAAAAACGAACAGAAAGAAAUAGCUAAAUUGUUGAUUAGCUACGGAGCUAAAAUAAAUACUCAAGACGAAACUGGAAAAACGCCAAUAUUUUAUGCUACUAAAAAUGCUGAUUUAAACAUGAUCAAGCUACUUUUAACUAAUGGAGCUAUUGUUAAAGAUGAUCCUGAGCUAUUGUAUAUUGCUGUUAGGAAAGAAUACAAAGAAAUCGUUGAAGCACUUCUGCAACAUGAUGCUGAUAUAAAUGCUUGUGAUAACUACGGAAGAACAGCAUUGCAUUUUACUGCUUCGGAAAUUGUCACAUCGCUUUUAAGUAGAGGUGCUAGUGUUGAUGUUAAAGGAGAAAGUUACUGCUUUGAAAGUAGUAUGACCCCUCUGCAUAUUUGUGCUUCGAAAGCGAAAAAAAAUUUCAAUAUACAUAUUGCCAAAGAUCUUCUAAACUAUGAUGGUGCUUCUAUCAAUUCAUUAACAUCGAAAGGAUAUACGCCACUUUAUUUUGCUUCUAAACGAGGUAUUGUAGAAGCUGUGAAAUUAUUCCUGGAUUGGGGUGCUGAUAUUAAUGCUAGCACAAAGGAUAAUUUAAGCCCACUUCAUGUUGCUAUUGAGAAUGGACAUAAAACAGUUAUAAAACUGCUCUUAGAAUGUGGAGCUAUAGUUUACAAUCAGGACACUGACAGAUCCGUACUACAACUUGCUGUUGGAAUAGGUUCUUUGUUGAUUGUUGAAGAGGUUUUGAAGUAUUGUCCUGAUAUCAAUAAUGCAACUAACAGAAACUCUCUUGAAAUCGCGGUGCGCGGCUGUAGAGAAAGAGACUUUUCUUUCAAUAAUAAAGAGCCUGAUAGUAACGUUAAGGGAGAAAUCGCCAAACUGCUUCUAAGUAAAGGCGCCCAUGUAGACGUUCAAACUGAAUAUGGUAAAACAACACUUCUUUCUUCCACUAAAAAAGGAUAUGCAAAAGUUGUUGAAGUUCUUUUGGAAUACAAUGCAAAUGUUAACUUGGCCCUGAAAAGUGGCUUCACUCCACUUCAUAUAUCUGCCCAGGACGGAAAUCUAGAAAUUAGCACAAUGAUUUUGAAUAAAGGAGCCAAUGUAAAUGCUGCAGGAAAAAAUGGAAUCACUGCACUGCACCUUGCAGCUAAAAACGGCCAUGCAGGAGUUGUAAAACUAUUGCUAGAAUGCAAUGCCAAAUUUGAUUCUGAAUUUCAAUUUCACAACGCACCACUUCUUUUGGUUGUGUGUGUCAAAGGUUUUUGUAUAGCACUGCAACUCAAUAUAAUAUUAAUUAAUAAUACAGAAAUUGUCACAUCGCUUUUAAGUAGAGGUGCUAGUGUUGAUGUUAAAGGAGAAAGUUACUACUUUGAAAGUAGUAUGACCCCUCUGCAUAUUUGUGCUUCGAAAGCGAAAAAAAAUUUCAAUAUACAUAUUGCCAAAGAUCUUCUAAACUAUGAUGGUGCUUCUAUCAAUUCAUUAACAUCGAAAGGAUAUACGCCACUUUAUUUUGCUUCUAAACGAGGUAUUGUAGAAGCUGUGAAAUUAUUCCUGGAUUGGGGUGCUGAUAUUAAUGCUAGCACAAAGGAUAAUUUAAGCCCACUUCAUGUUGCUAUUGAGAAUGGACAUAAAACAGUUAUAAAACUGCUCUUAGAAUGUGGAACUAUAGUUUACAAUCAGGACACUGAUAGAUCCGCACUACACUUUGCUGUUGAAAUAGGUUCUUUGUUGAUUGUUGAAGAGGUUUUGAAGUAUUGUCCUGAUGUCAAUAAUGCAAACUUUUCUUUCAAUAAUAAAGAGCCUGAUAGUAACGUUAAGGGAGAAAUCGCCAAACUGCUUCUAAGUAAAGGCGCCCAUGUAGACGUUCAAACUGAAUAUGGUAAAACAACACUUCUUUCUUCCACUAAAAAAGGAUAUGCAAAAGUUGUUGAAGUUCUUUUGGAAUACAAUGCAAAUGUUAACUUGUCCCUGAAAAGUGGCUUCACUCCACUUCAUAUAUCUGCCCAGGAAGGAAAUCUAGAAAUUAGCACAAUGAUUUUGAAUAAAGGAGCCAAUGUAAAUGCUGCAGGAAAAAAUGGAAUCACUGCACUGCACCUUGCAGCUCAAAACGGCCAUGCAGGAGUUGUAAAACUAUUGCUAGAAUGCAAUGCCAAAUUUGAUUCUGAAUUUCAAUUUCACAACGCACCACUUCUUUUGGGAGGUUUAACACCUUUACAUAAUACAGCCAAAAAAAAACAGGAAGAAAUAGCUAAAUUGUUGAUUAGCUACGGAGCUAAACUAAAUACUCAAGACGAAACUGGAAAAACGCCAAUAUUUUAUGCUACUAAAAAUGUUGAUUUAAAAAUGAUCGAGCUACUUUUAACUAAUGGAGCUAUUGUUGAAGAUGAUCCUGAGCUAUUGUAUAUUGCUGUUAGGAAAGAAUACAAAGAAAUCGUUGAAGCUCUUCUGCAACAUGAUGCUGAUAUAAAUGCUUGUGAUAACUACGGAAGAACAGCAUUGCAUUUUACUGCUUCGGAUCAGCAUGAAUAA